AUGAGGAUAAGUGAUUGUGUAACAGCAGCAACUGAAGUGAGCUCUUCUCCAAUGAUCACAACAACACCCAAGAUUGAACCACCCUAUUCAUCGUGCAAGGAUUUAGUAUCAAAUGUGUCAGGAAUCUAUCUGAUCCGUGUCAAGAACGAAAGUGAACCGUUUCCUGCGUAUUGCGAGCAGGAGAAGUUUGGUGGAGGCUGGCUAGUAUUCCAGUACCGAUACGAUGGAUCGGUAGAUUUUUAUCGUAAUUGGACUGAAUUCAAGAAUGGCUUUGGAGAUUUAAAAAAAGAGUUUUGGUUGGGGCUGGAAAAAUUGCACCAACUAACGUCGAUCCGUCCGUAUGAAUUGAUAGUGGAAGUGAAAGACUUUAACAGCACUUAUAAAUAUGCUCGGUUCGACAGGUUUGAGAUCGGAAGCGAAAGCGAGCAGUAUAGCCUCAAAACCCUCGGAAAGUAUAGUGGUACCGCUGGUGACUCGUUGGCAAAUCAGAAGGGGAUGAAAUUUACGACCAAAGAUCGCGAUAAUGAUCAAUACCACACCAAUUGCGCUGUAGAUUAUGAGGGCGCCUGGUGGCACAAAGGUUGUCAUCAGUCACAUUUGAAUGGUCGAUAUCUUAACGUUAACGGUGAUACAUCAACUAGCUGGUACUACUUCAAUACUGAUCGCCGAGGAAUGAGCUAUACAAGAAUGAUGAUUCGCCCUGUAAAAUAA